AUGGAGUGGAAAGCCUGGACUCUACAGUGUACUGUUUUCGCCCUCUUUUGCGCUUGGUGUGCAUUGAACAGUGUAGGAGCGAAGAGGCAGUUUGUCAAUGAAUGGGCAGCAGAGAUUCCCGGGGGACCAGAGGCAGCCUCGGCCAUUGCAGAGGAGCUGGGCUAUGACCUUUUGGGUCAGAUUGGAUCACUUGAAAAUCACUACUUAUUCAAACAUAAAAACCAUCCCCGAAGGUCUCGAAGGAGCGCCCUUCAUAUCACUAAGAGGUUAUCAGAUGAUGAUCGUGUGAUAUGGGCUGAGCAACAGUAUGAAAAAAAGAGAAGUAAACGCUCAGCUCUGAGAGACUCAGCACUAAAUCUCUUCAAUGAUCCAAUGUGGAAUCAGCAGUGGUACUUGCAAGAUACAAGGAUGACUGCAGCUCUGCCAAAGCUGGAUCUCCAUGUGAUACCUGUUUGGCAAAAAGGCAUCACAGGCAAAGGAGUUGUUAUCACUGUACUGGAUGAUGGCUUGGAAUGGAAUCACACAGAUAUCUAUGCCAAUUAUGAUCCAGAGGCUAGCUAUGACUUUAAUGAUAAUGACCAUGAUCCAUUUCCCAGAUAUGAUCCCACAAAUGAGAACAAACAUGGAACCAGAUGUGCAGGAGAAAUUGCCAUGCAAGCAAAUAAUCGCAAGUGUGGAGUCGGAAUUGCAUACAAUUCUAAAGUUGGAGGCAUAAGAAUGCUGGAUGGCAUCGUGACCGAUGCUAUUGAGGCCAGUUCAAUUGGAUUCAAUCCUGGACAUGUGGAUAUUUACAGUGCAAGUUGGGGUCCUAAUGAUGAUGGGAAAACUGUGGAGGGGCCUGGAAGGCUAGCCCAGAAGGCUUUUGAAUAUGGUGUCAAACAGGGGAGACGAGGAAAGGGCUCCAUCUUCGUCUGGGCUUCCGGGAAUGGGGGCCGCCAGGGGGAUAACUGUGACUGUGAUGGGUACACGGAUAGCAUCUACACCAUCUCCAUCAGCAGUGCAUCCCAGCAGGGCCUGUCUCCCUGGUACGCUGAGAAGUGCUCCUCGACACUCGCCACAUCUUACAGCAGCGGGGAUUAUACCGACCAGCGAAUUACCAGCGCCGACCUGCACGACGACUGCACCGAGACGCACACGGGCACUUCGGCCUCCGCACCCCUGGCUGCCGGCAUCUUCGCUCUGGCCCUGGAAGCCAACCCAAAUCUCACCUGGCGAGAUAUGCAACACUUGGUUGUCUGGACAUCUGAAUAUGACCCACUGGCUAAUAACCCUGGAUGGAAAAAGAAUGGAGCAGGCCUGAUGGUGAAUAGCCGAUUUGGAUUUGGGCUGUUAAAUGCCAAGGCAUUGGUGGAUUUAGCUGAUCCCAGGAUCUGGACCAGCGUGCCUGAGAAGAAAGAGUGUGUUGUAAAGGACAAUGACUUUGAGCCCAGAGCCCUGAAAGCUAAUGGAGAAGUUAUAAUUGAAAUUCCAACAAGAGCUUGUGAAGGACAAGAAAAUGCUAUCAAUUCCCUGGAGCAUGUGCAAUUUGAAGCAACAAUUGAAUAUUCUCGCAGAGGAGACCUACAUGUCACACUCACUUCUGCUGCUGGAACCAGUACUGUACUUUUGGCUGAAAGAGAACGGGAUACUUCUCCUAAUGGCUUUAAGAAUUGGGACUUCAUGUCUGUUCACACGUGGGGAGAAGAUCCCAUAGGCACCUGGACAUUGCGAAUUACAGACAUGUCUGGAAGAAUGCAAAAUGAAGGAAGAAUCGUGAACUGGAAGCUGAUUUUGCAUGGGACCUCUUCUCAGCCAGAGCACAUGAAACAGCCUCGUGUAUACACAUCCUACAACACCGUUCAGAAUGACAGAAGAGGGGUGGAGAAGGUGGUGGACUCAGGGGAGGAGCAGCCCACACUUGCGAGCCUGAAUGAGAACCCCCAGGUGUCCAAAAGCCCCAGCAGUGGCAGCGUGGGGGGCAGAAGGGAGGAGAUGAUGGAGGGAGCCACUUCUGAGGCCAUGCUGCGGCUUCUUCAAAGUGCUUUCAGCAAAAACUUGCCUCCAAAGCAGUCACCAAAGAAGUCUCCAAGUGCAAAGCUUAACAUCCCCUACAAAAAUUUCUAUGAAGCCCUGGAAAAGCUGAACAAACCUUCCCAGCUUAAAGACUCCGAGGAUAGUCUGUAUAAUGACUAUGUCGAUGUUUUUUAUAACACAAAACCUUACAAACAUAGAGAUGACCGUCUGCUUCAAGCUCUGGUGGACAUUUUGAAUGAGGAAAAUUGAAAUAAGGUCCUGAGUUGGAAAUAUUCAUACUUCUUCCUGCCCUGUAAAUUUUGCCUGUGUCUGAAGUGGUUGUUUUGUCAUUGACCCUUAUGGUUAUUAUAUCUUUUGUGAUACUUUUUCUCCUCAAACUGUACAUUUGAAGGGGAUGAGCUCAAGAAGGAAAUUUAUCUCUCUGAAUUGAUCAUAGCACUUUCAAAAUCCAUCUUCGCUGCCUGCACAAGUAAUGGGUUUCUUCUUUAUGGAGUCACAAUUCACAUGUGUUCCUCACACCACCCAAGAAUGCCUCCUUGGGCCCAUUCAUUUCAUUUCUCAAAAGGAAAGGCAAAACUUGGGCAAUAGAUUGAUUUGGAAAACUAAACUGCAAAGAAAAAGAGAGAAAGAAACCUGUUGCUGUAGCUUGUUCCAUCUUUGCCAAAGGGUUCUUCAAAUAUGGAUGCCAAGGAAGCGUUUAGAAAGCCUCUCACGACAGAAUUCACAGUUAGACCUGUGGUCUUUCUACUUCAAAGCACUACUCAUUCAAGGGGUAGCAGUCUUGUCAUUUGGGGAAAAGCUGGAUGAUCUUAGACCUUGAAAUUUGUGUUAUCUGAUUUGAGCAGCUUUAGAAUGUUCCUAUUUGCUUGGUGUACCAUGCAGAGGUCUCCGUGGGUCCAAAGAUGAUUGUGACACAUGCUGGGUGCUCAAAUCUUACUCUCAUGGCCCUUCUUCUGAAGUGUUCCUUACCUGCCUCCUUUCUCAGCCACAAACUAAAUAUUGAGAGAACUAAUUUAUGCCACUUUCUCAGAACAAAUUUUAGUUGGGGCUUGGCAAAUACCUAGUCACACUUUUGUUUUAAACAGUAAUAACAGGAAACCAUUCAUAAUGAGGAGCACCAAUGUAAGUAACAGGAAUACAUUCAUAAUGUGGAGAACCAAUGGGAGCUUUUGUUUGUUUUGGUAUUUUUGUGUUUUAAGCUUUGUACCUUAGAACAGGUUUUCCUGGAUUUUUGAAACUAAGUUCAUUUCUUGACCCUGAAGACUGUUCUCCAACCUGAGCAGCUGAUAGUAUCCAAAUGUUCACCGAAUCACUUCCAAUCUUGAAAUCAGAGGACACAAACUGGCAAUCCACAGGCCUCAAUUGUCUCUCUAACAGAUUUUGUUUGGUAGGCAGAAUGUUUUAAAAAUUUGAGUUAAAAUUGAAAAAAUGAGAUUUUGCAUAGAAACCUGGUUCUCAGGCCCAUCUUUCCUCAUGGCGACAGCUGGAGCUGAGCAGUGGCUGCCUAACCUGGUUAGAGAGGAGGCACCCCCUGCGGCACCCUGCUGCAUGCUACCUUACAGGGCCACCUUACUUGUUACUUGUCAGGAUCCCAUAGGCAUUUGAUUUUGCACACCCCUGCACUACAAGAAUGUGCGCAAAGUUUAAAUGUCUUUGUGGAAAGAAACAUCCUCAAUUUCUUUCAGGCAGGAUCUGUACAAUCAUCAAUAAUUAUGAGAAUUUGCCAUGAUCUAGUUCAGUUAGGUUGAAUUUAUAGGGAGACAUAAAGGUAUUUUAGGCCCCUGGAAGUAGCCCUGAAAUCUAGUUUUACAUAUUCAUUAAUCUCAACUGGAUGGUGAUUUGUACUAAUCCAAUUAAUUGCCAACUCCCUAGCCUCCCGCUCUCUCUGUGCUCACCAAGGCCUAGUCACUUUUAAUGCCGGCAUUUUCCCAUUGAGUCUGUUGUUUGCAAUCCUUCCAUAAAGUUGGAACUACAGAAGGCCACACUUGACGUUGAGCUGUUCCAAGAAGGCACUAGGGACUGUCACCUGUUUUGGCUUGAAGUGUGGUGGGGCAAACAUUCGCUCCCUAUCCUACCAUUUGAAUUUGUGCAGAAGGAGAGUAUUUGCAGAGCCCAGAGGCUGUUCACUUAAAAGAAAUACAGUAUCUCAUCCUUAGAAAUUUCACAUUGUUUCAUGUAAAGUGUAGAAUGUUGAAUAUUGUAGCAUAUCAAAAAGUGUUAAAGUUGAAAAAGACCAGAACAUUAGGAGUUUAAUUUUCAAGUAAAUUUCAAGUAAAAAAAACAAAAACAAAAACUGAGGUCCAAAAACAUCAAUAAAUGGUAACAAAUGAAAGACCUGGGACUAAAACUCUUCCUUUCCGCAUUCCUAAUCCAGUGCUAAAUGUAUGGCACUUUCUUAUUAAUCCUUUCUAACAGUAACUUUUCCUGGUUAAAAUGCUGAUCAACUCAUUGGGUUGUAGCCAAAAUUUCACUCUAGAGAAGCUUUAAUAGUGAAAUAAAAUUGUGUUUGAUUGUUUCCAACCUGGAGUAUAUUGUUCAGAUGCAAAAUAUUUUUAUUGUCAGUCUUUCGUAGUGCCUGUGUGGAUUUUUGUGAAAAUGUAUGAGAGGAAACAUUAAAUAUUUCCCUUGGAAUUUUAAACUAUAUUUUCUUUACAGGUAUUUAUAAUGUACCAAUGCUUUUAUCAAACAGAAUUUUAAAAGGCAUAUUAAAUUAUAUUAAAGAACCAAAAGUUUUCUUGAGAAUAAGAAAGUUUGAUCUAAUAAAAUAUUUUUUGAAAGGCAUGUUCCUCUGUCAAUGAAAAAAAGUAUAUGUAUGUGUUGUGAUAUUAAAAGUGACAUUUGUCUAAAUAGCUGAAUAUAGUGUGUUAGCUGAGUUUAACCUGUGUGUACUUAAGGGAACUCUCACAUUAUACACUCGAUGUAU